AUGACUCUUAGGAUCAAAGCCCAAGAAGAUUCCAAUGGAACAAACUUGAAACUUACAAGCACAAAAUUUGAUAAAAUUGUGAAUGGGAACACUGAUGACCGUGUCUUGGACGACAGAAGUCUUUUUCAAAGACUGGUUGGCAACAUUCUAUAUUUGACAAUCACAAGACUUGACAUUGCAUAUGCAGUACAAUGUCUAAGCCAAUUUAUGCAUGCUCCAAAGAAGCCUCAUUAUGAGGCUGCACUGCAUGUUAUGAGGAAGUCAAUUACAGGUUUUUGUAUCAAGUUGGGGAGUUCUCUUAUCUCAUGGAAGGCAAAGAAUCAGACUACUAUUUCGGGGAGCUCAGCUGAAGCUGAGUACAGAAGUAUGGCCAUACAGUGGAAGAGUUAA